AUGGCACAGGAAGAUGCAAAGGACGAGCAGUCCAUACACUCCUCCCCUGGAGGCGAUAACAACAUUGAUCCAGACCAUGUAGUGCACGUUCAACGUGAAGACGAACCCGCGUGCGCACCAAAUGAGGGGGAAGCGAAUAAGAAUUAUAACCCAAAAGGGGUGAAAACAAAUGAAGGACACAACCUUCACGAAGGGAAUGACCCAAAAGAACCUCAGAAUGAUCAGUGGUUUGUUUACGUAAGCAACCAUUCAUAUGGACCCUACAAUUUAGACCAGAUGAAAAAACUAUGGAGUGAAAAAAGAUUAAACAUCAUGUCGGUAAUAUUUAAAAAGGGAGAUGAAAACUGGAAAUAUGUGUACAACGAUGAUAUAUUAAAAGGUUGCCUACCUUUUAACACACCAAGUGAUGAUGGCACAAGGGGGGAGUUCAAGGGCGACAACACUCCGAAGGAGAAUUCUGCUAUUGUGGAGCAGAACACAAAUAGUGUCUCCAACCUUGAAGCAAAUACGUAUACGCUAAGCGCUAACUCCAUCAAGUGUUCUAACGAGAGCGACCAGUGUGACCCUCACCAUGACAGUUACGAUAACCCACCCGACGCAACCAUCGGGAUGAAUCCAGUAGAACUAGAAAAAAUCAGAAAAAAAGAGAAAAAAAAAAAGUACCUAGAGAGAAAAAAGAAAAGAAUGGAGGAAGGUAUAUGCGAUAAAAAAGUGAAAAACAGCUGCAUUUACAUAACCGGAUUACCUAGUGAUAUAACAAGGGAGGAAAUACAUAAUGUGUUUAAAAAAGCGGGCAUUAUUAAAAUAGACGCUGAGACAACAGAACCGAAAAUAAAAAUAUACUAUGACGAAAAGAACCAAGUUAAAGGAGAUGCUUUGGUUACCUAUGUAUAUACACAAAGUGUAGACAUUGCCAUUAAAUAUUUUGAUAAUUUUUACCUAAGACAGGACUGCAUGAUUCGUGUAGAGAAGGCACAAUUCAACAAAAAGAAAGAAGCCUCCAAAGUUUCUAAGGAAGAAAUGCUAAUUAAAAAAAAAAAAAUAAAGGCGGCGAAAUAUGAGCAACUCAGGUUGCAGAAGUGGGAAGAUGGGUACACCGGAACAAAAAAAAAAAUAGUCAUUUUUAGGAACGUCUUUUCGUAUGAAGAUGCAGUGAAGCACGAUGAGGGAGACCCCUUCUACGAUUUUAUAAAAGAUCUGAUCGAAACGGAAGUAAAGAAAUACGUCCCCGUUCACAAGGUGUAUCCCAUACCGAAACAUCCCAACGGAAUUGUAUGCGUCAAAUUUAAAGGAGUGGAGGAAGCCGAAAUGAUAGUAUCGUACUUCAAGGACAUGGAGCUGAAUGAUAAAAAGCUGGAAGUGUAUUUUUACGAUGGAAAACAGGACCUGAAGGCGCAGUGCCUACCUGCACAGAGUGCCAACAAGGAACAUGCAGAAGAAGCAGUUGAAAAUAAAGAGCCGGAUAAGGAUAUAGAGGAUAACCAACCGUCAUUUUUGCAAAACAACAAUUUGCAGUCGUUUCAUGAUUGGAUUGAUAAUCAGAGUGAAGAUGAGGAACACGAAAUUAUGGUUGAAUAA